CGCUCAAUUCUUACAUGUAUAAAUUCGCGUACAAUUCAGCCCAGUUCUACUGUUUAGCAUGAAGAUCUUCCAUCAUGUGCUCAGUAUAUUCGUGCUGGUAUUUCUAGUAUGGGAGACAGUUGCGAAGUUACAGACGGAAAACGUUAUAUUUCCAGUAGACUACAAGUCACCAAUUUCGGUAGGUCUUUGGGAGAAAGAAACCGGCAAAAAAACUUCUUGGACGAUUGAAACAGAUGUUUUGAAUUCAAUAUCCGAUUAUGAAACAAGGUAUAAAACGUACAAGGACAAAGUAAUUGCGAUUUCAAUACGCAAUGAUGGAGAUAAGAUUACAGCUGCAAAGGCGUUCGCAAGAAACAAUAUUAGAAAUGGUGUUUUCUUAACUGUCUCCGACAAAAAUCUCAGACAAAUGUUAGACAAAAUACAAUAUUAUUAUAGAAGUGGUGUAUUGAUUGACUUGCAGGAUAAGUUCACUGAAGUCAUCGUAACUGAUAAAGUUCAAUAUGAUGCAAGAUUUAAAACAUACAAAGGCAAAACUAUUUUCACGUUCUUCCACAAGAUUGACAAUGAUGAAGCUAUGGCCAUAACAAUCAACCAGAAGAAUAAACUGGAAUAUCUCAAAUCAACAAUAAUGACUACCGUGAAGUUACGAUAUUGGAGUGAUUACGCUCGUGUCGUCUUGCUCAUGGUUCACGUGAAUGUCGUUGGUGAGGAACUUAUUGAAAAACUCUGUCCGAUGGGCAAAAAAGUUCCGUUGAGUAAGGAAUUCCCUUUUAUGUACUACGAUGAUCAUGCAAGGUUCACUGAAGUCAUCGUAACUGACAAAGCUGAAUACGUUCAAAGAUAUGAAACCUACAAAAGCAAGAUCAUAUACACGUUGUUCCACAAGAUCAACAAAGAUGAAGUUGAAGAAUAUAACUCCUACAAGUUCAAUAAAUUGGAAUUUUUAAAAUCAUGUACACUGAAUUCGUUGAAGAGACAGUAUGAGCUGCGAUACUCUUCGGUCGUCUUGCUCGUAGUUCAUGUGGAUGUCGUUGGUGAGGAAUUCAUUGAAAACCUUUGUCCGAUAGAUAAAGCACCGUUGAGUUACCCUCGUAUGUACUACGAAGAAUAUGAAAAGUUUACUGAAGUCAUCGUAACUAGUUAUGCUGAAUACGUACAAAGAUCUGAAACCUACAAAGGCAAGAUUAUGUACACGUUAUUCCACAAUAUCAAAGAUAAUGACGUUGAAGAAUUUAACUCCCGCAAGUACAAUAAACUGCAAUUAUUAAUAUCACGUAAAAUGUGUUGGUUGAGGAGAAAGCAUAUGAAUGAAUACACUUCGGUCGUCUUGCUCGUAGUCCAUGUGGAUGUCGCCGGUGAGGCUAUUGAUAAUCUCUGUCCGAUAAAACCAAAGCCGUUUCAUUACCCUCGAAUGUACUACGAAGAUAACAAGAAGAUCAAAGUAUUUGGAGGAUAUGGGCCAAACGAUGAGUCCGAAGUUGUAUGCUGAGACUUUGAAAGAGAGUCUGCUGAAAAGUAAUACAAGUAAUCAAAUAAAGAAUGCCA